AUGUCGGACGCUCAACUCUUCGAAGACACAUUCACAAUUACCUCAAUAAACUCGCAAAAAUACGAUCGCGUCUCUCGCAUCAGCUGCACAUCAACCGACAACCAAACCACGUUCACCCUCGAUGUGAACACCGAGCUGUACCCCUGCGCAGUCGGCGAAUCGCUUUCCCUGGCUCUAGCGUCGACCUUGUCUCUCGAUGGAAAAGAUGAAGAUGCCGCCGCGGGUCGAGGUGGUUGGAGAGAUGUCGGAAUGGGUGAACACACCCUUGCAAAUGAGUAUGACUAUGUUUGCCAUGGCAAGGUCUAUCGUUUCGAGGAAGGUUCGACUCAGGGAAAUAUGUCCGUCUUUGUUUCCUUUGGAGGUCUUUUGUUGUACAUGGACGGCCCAUACAAUAAGCUCGUCCCCUUGAGAAUCGACUAUGUUUAUUUGUUGCUCAAGAAAUAA